UCGAGGAAACAAGUGGCUUCUGGUAGUUUUCCCGUUCAGAUUCUGCUGCAUGUGACAGGAUUUUUUCUCUGUUCAUAAAGUAGGCACUGACAAACUUCUGUUAUCAAGGAUAAGAGUUUUUCCUUUUGGGAACUUUUGUGUGGACAAAACGUGAUCGGAAUAUAUUUGAAUCAAUAGUCAGUGGGAAGAUUUGUGUGAUUGACACUCGUGGCGGUAAAGUGGACGAUGACGAUGGACAUUCGACAGUCUCGAUUGAAUGUCGUGAAAAUUAACGGACACUGUCCGAGUGCUUGUGAAAGUGACGUGGCCGGAAUUGAAAUGGCUCAUACCAAAAUGGAUAGUUACGGUGGCCGAAAGAAUUCCGGCAAGCGUUCGUUCGACGUAGCAUUUCUAAUGAUGCCAGACGAUAAACUUAAGUCCAAACAAGUGAAAACCAUUGACUCCCCAACGAUCGAUGUGGAAAGUGAUUCAACUCAAUCAACCCGUUCGGAAGAUCUGUCCGUUAAAAACGGAUUCAGUCCCAUUCGACCAGUUGAGGAACGUAACUUCAACUUUGAUCUACUUAGUAGACCAAAGCCUCAAGAAAGAAGUCCUCAUCAUGAUCUCACCCCGGAGAGAUUAUCCUACUCGUUCCCAAACUCACGUCUCUACGAAACUCCAACCAACUUAUUAGCCAUCCGCGAAAAAGCUGCCGAAAACUUCCUAGCCUCCGAACUUCCUCGGAGUGCUUUCUCCAAAGUAACAAGCAUCAACGUAUCGGACUCGCCAGUUCCACCGCUCAGUCCAGACAGCUGCCCAUCAACCAGCCCACCAAUCUCCAUCAGCCCGGGAGCCCCAAUCAACUUCCGCUACGACUACCCGUUCCCCUUAAACGGAAGUAGCCCUCAGCACCCAUCAGAACUUUCCCCCCAACAACCGUCCAAGACCAAACCCAUGAUCUACCGCCAAACCCUCCAAGACUCCGACCUCCCUCAAAACUACUUCCCAACUCCACCGUUCAUGCCAUUUGCCGCCAACCCGCAACCAACUCUGCUCCCGGAAGUAGACGGGAUCAUAAGGAACCCAGCAGCCGCCGCCAUCCUAUCAACCUUUCUCCCCAACGCAAUGACGGCCUUCUCGAUGAGUGCCCAGAAUACCUGUGCCAAGUGUAACAUCAGCUUCCGGAUGACCAGCGAUCUGGUGUACCAUAUGCGAUCCCACCACAAGAACGAGCACCACCAGGACCCGAACCGGCGGAAGCGGGAGGAGAAGCUCAAGUGUCCGGUUUGUAACGAGAGCUUCCGGGAGCGGCAUCACCUGACGCGGCACAUGACCGCCCACCAGGAUAAGGCCGGGGAUCUUUUGGAUCCGAAGAAGAGGAAUGCCGCCGCAUCCGUCGGUGGAAUGCAAGUUCAUCAUCAGCAUCAUCACGGGAAGCGGUCGUAAGGAUGAGUCCCAUCGAAAAGGUAGUUUUAAGGGUAGUUAUUUCUUUUUUCCCGGGUGC